AUUAUAUUUGUGCAUAUACUUUCGCGAUUCUUAUUUGCUUAGAAAUGUGUAAAUAGUGAAAAAAGGCACGAACUGGCUGUCGCGCAGCAAUCAAUGGGAAAGCAAAUACAGGAAUAAAUCGACGAAAAUAAGAAUAAUGGCUAUCUUUUGCACUGAAAACACUCUAAGUGGCAAUUAAAAGCUGUACCACAGGAGUAAGAACGCAAGACUUAUUUAUUACUCGAAACUUGAAGAUACAUAUAUCAAGAAAAACAAUGACCUAUAAAGGAUGUCGAGCCCAUAGUAAUACGUUGUUAUUGCUGCCCUCGUCAAUUGGAUCUGGUUUGUCGUCAUAGAUUGGUCGUCGUUGUUCUCGGGUAAAUAAUGCGGCCCAAUUGUGGCGCUCGGGCGAAGGGACAGUGUGUUUGACAGAUAACAACAUAAAGAAAUGAAGACGUCAGCAUCGGAUGCAAUGGUGGAAGUGGAAAAGCGGCCGGGGGCUCAACUUGGCUGCUUGUGCCUAAUUAGUGCGACGCAGGAGAUGGUGCCGACGCCAUUGGCGACAUUUUUAUUAUUUAUGCUGUGAUAGUGAAACAACAAGAACAAAAACAUGCCAAGAAUCAAAUGCAAUAUUUUAACACUACAAUUGAAAAAAAUAAAAACAUAAAUCGACUUUAACGUGAAACACCAAUUUAACCAAAAAGCUUUAAACAAAACACCAAGCAUAGUGCAGUUUUAAUUUGCUGUAUGCGGAAACGAAAGAAAAAACUUAACUUUAACAUAACUUAGUGAAUGAAAAAAGCACCAAUUAGCAGAUAAUAGCAUAAAUUUAGUCAAUAUGUUUAGGUAGUUACUAAUUUAUAUAAAUACCAAUUACUUAGUGGCUUUAACCAAAACACCAAGCAACCAAAACCAAAGCAAAGUUCAAUUUGAAACAAACUAACGAAUAUACGUUUAGGGAAUCUAACUAAUAUUAAGGCUUAGCGCAAAUAUAAAUAUUAAUAAUCAAAAUACGGCACACACCCCCACGGCAAUCGACUGCAACAAAUUCAUUCAGAAAACGUGCCACAACGCCAAAUGUCAAAGUCAUAAAGAGAGCAAGGAAGUAAAAGAAAGAGAGAGAGAAAGCUUUAGAGACUGCUCGUAAGAGCAAAAAGCACACUGUAAAAAGCUCAGCUUGGCUUUAGCCAAGACACAAGCCCCAUUUAAUAAUGGCAGCAACAAAUCCGCAUCCUGACGAUGCGAGCAGCAUGAGCGAUGACGUCUUUGAGGAUGCGGAAACCACACAAGCGCGCAUUGAGGAGCUGCGCCGCCGUCCCUUUGGCGACGGCUGCUACAAUCCACCCGCUGCGCCCGUCUCACACCAGCAAAGCUUUGGCAGCAGCAGCCAUCAUUACCAUGACGAGAGCAUAAUGGCGCCCGUUCAACGAACUGCCACCGGUUAUCCAGGCUAUCGUCCUUCGCGCGAAGCCAUGCAGCUCUAUGCGUACGGCACUGGAGACUACGAGGAGGACGAGUAUGAUGAUGGCUGGCGCUCGUAUCGCUAUGACGAGGUCGAUAUGCAUCAGCAGCCGUCGCACACGCACAAUGUGCAGCCUUUUGAUGAUACUGUUAAUCACAAGACGAUACUGCUGGGCGAUUCGGGUGUGGGCAAGACUUCCUUUCUUGUCAAAUACAACACGGGCGAGUUUCGUUUGGGCUCCUUUUCGGCCACAGUGGGCAUUGCGCUAACGAACAAAGUCGUUGUUGUCGAUGGCACGCGUGUUAAGCUACAAAUCUGGGAUACAGCUGGACAGGAGCGAUUCCGCAGCGUCACGCACGCUUAUUAUCGAGAUGCACAUGCUCUGCUGCUGCUGUAUGAUGUGACCAACAAGACCACAUUUGAUAAUAUACGCGCCUGGUUGGGCGAGAUACGUGAGUACGCGCAGGAGGAUGUGGUCAUCGUUUUAAUAGGCAACAAGGCCGAUUGCGGCAGCAGUGAGCGACAGGUGAAGCGCGAGGAUGGCGAGCGACUGGGCCGUGAGCACAAUGUGCCAUUCAUGGAAACAUCCGCCAAGACAGGACUCAAUGUGGAGUUGGCCUUCACUGCUGUAGCUAGGCAGCUUAAGAGCCGCGGCUACGACCACGGUGAUGAUGGAAAAUUCAAUGUGCAUGAUUUUGUGCGUGACAAUACAAAGGCGCGUUCCGUUUGUGCUCAAUGCAGAAAUAUGUAAUUCGUUAUAGCACAAAAUAAACAAAAGCAACAGCAACAACAACAACAAAGAGCUCAACUAAACAAUGCACAAAUUGGCAAAACCAAAACAAAGAAAGAAUGCGAAAGAAAGAGCUUCAAAUAAUACAAACGCAGCGAAAAGUAAUUGGUUAUUGAUGAAAGCACGCGUGGGCAACAAAAAAUAUUUAAGGCCCACACAAACGUUUAUAGUGUGUGUGUGUGUGUGGUAUGGCUAGCAUUUUGUAUGUAAAUUGGAAAAUUGUAGGGAAUGUAUAAUUUUUUAUAACGCAAAAAGACGUUGCAGUUAAAGUCGGCAAAUAAUAUAUAUGUAUACAGCCGACAAGUAAUAUAUACACAAA